UCACGUUCAUCUCCUCGCUUCUUCUCUGCGAGCCACAUAAGGCAGGGUCGAUUGCAGCGCCAACAUGGCAGAGAAAAAGAUGACGCUAAGCCGGAGGAAUUUCCUGAAGAGCUUGCUGCUGCAGAUUGGCCAGGCAAUGUUGGACGAGGAGGCUACGAAGGUCGAGGAAGAGAAGAGCAGAUACAUGGACGAAAACUGCCCCACCCUCUCAGUGCCGGGAUGCAUGCAGGAGCUGCAAGAGCUCUGUCGGAAACUUCACAAGCAGAUUGACCUGGUGGAUGAGGAAAGGUACGACAUGGCUAUGAAAGUGAAGAAGUCUGAAAAGGAGGUCAAUGACCUGAAGCUGAUGGUUCAGGAUCUCAAUGGAAAGUUUAAGAAGCCGACCCUGAAGCGAGUGCGAAUGUCGGCGGAUGCCAUGCUCGCCGCUCUUCUGGGGUCCAAACACAAAGUGUCCAUGGACCUGAGGGCCAACCUGAAGCAGGUCAAGAAGGAGGUGAAGGAGGAGGAGAAGCAGACCGGAGACUGGAGGAAGAACGUUGAAGACAAAGCUGGGAUGGAUGGCAGGAAGAAGAUGUUUGAGACAGAGGCCUGAGCUGCUGUGUAUUUUUCUGCUGUUGACGAAAACAUAACAUAACACGGUUGAAUUUGUU